CUCAUUUGUUGUCGACCAGGGUAUAGGCAUUUGUAUACCCUAGAGACUGACUAGUUUAGCCUGGGUCAUAUAUGCUAUUCACACUGACGACCAUCCACCAUCCAUCCAUUUCGGGAUGGUCGAAAAAUCGGGUCUCACUAAAAACAACACGGAAUGGAUCUGAAGAAGAAGAUUUUGCAAACUCCGACGGGCAAAAAAUUAUUAUCCGAAUAUCAGUUGAAUUUACUAACAAAAAACAAUAUCGAAACUUUGCUCGACUUCCACGAUGCUGAGGACCAGAAACUGCACAAGCUGCUGGGCAUCAAAGUGGAAUCAGUACUGGAGAUUAAGAAGGAGCUGGAUAUGCUGCCAUGGCAGUCGGAGACAUUUGUGGAAACUGUUAACGAGCUUGACUAUGGAACGGGCAUAGAAGAAUUGGACAAGUUUUUGGACUCCAUUGCGCAGCCGUUCAGGCGAGGCAGAGUCUGGGAAGUCUGUGGCCAGACUGGCGUGGGAAAGACCCAACUAAUGUACACCUUGGCUCUUAAUUUUGUAUGGAAACACAAACGGCAAGUGCUUUUCAUCGAUACCAAGCAAGACUUCUCCACCAAAAGGAUACAAGACAUGCUGCUGGAGCGUAAAGUGGACCAGGAAACAAGCGAGAAGGCAAUGGCGGACAUUCAGGUGGUAGAGGUCCUUACAUCAGAGGAGCUCAUUGAAGUACUCAAAGCCUUCGACCAGCAAAUGACUGACGAUGUCCAGGCUGCACUAAAAACAAAAGUCGUUGUGGUCGACUCCCUGGCCGCUUGCUUUGUGGGCCACCGAGGCAGGGAAAUGCGAAGAACGAGGGAUUCCCUCCUGACAGAGGUUGCAUGCAGAGUGAGGAAGUUAGCUGUGAGGGGCGUGGCUUUUGUCAUCGGCAACAUAUCGUUCUCUCAGGAUUCAGAUAAUUGCGACGAUGACGGCUUAGAGGAUGGCAACAGUGAUGGGUCUACGCGGCAGCCGAAUAAUCCAAUGCUAGGCUCCUAUUGGAGUUCAGUGUGUACGCUGAGAUUGUCGCUGGAGCUACCGGAGAGUACAAACUGCGGCGACAGCUGCGAACACGACGGCCUCCGAAUGGUAAAUGUAAUGACGAACACCUAUGGUCCUGCGGGAGACAAUUGCUUGCUACAGAUCACAGAUGCAGGACUGGUUUAACGGCGGCCAGACGGGUGUUGCUUCUGGUACGACUUCAUUACCCGUUUGCCUGGCUCCAAGCCAUCACCCAGGCCACUAUAUUUAUAUUUAUAUAUGAAUUCAACUAACUUUAACCAUGGUUUAUAAGUUACUAGGUAUACAAUAGAAUACCCUUAAAAAGAGAAACGAGUACAUAUGAGAGUUUCUUUCAUUCUCAGUGUGCAGAGCCUAUUACCC